UCUCCUUUUUUUUUUUUUUUUUUCUUCAGAGGGGCUGGACUUGUUUCCCUUAUAAACGCUGCCUGCAGAACCAACAGCUUCCUUAAAAGUAAUUGGUUUCUGCUGAACAGCAAGGAUCGCUUUAGCAAAGCACAGAAUGCAUUUUAGAAAUUUUAACUACAGUUUUAGUUCUCUGAUUGCCUGUGUGGCAGAUAGCGAUGUCUUCAAUCAAGCAGAAACAAGGGCCAAAUUUGAAUCGCUGUUUAGAACAUAUGACAGAGAUAUCACCUUUCAGUAUUUUAAGAGCUUCAAAAGAGUACGAAUAAAUUUCAGUAACCCUUUAUCUGCGGCAGAUGCAAGAGUCCAGCUGCACAAGACAGAGUUCCUUGGAAAGGAAAUAAAACUGUAUUUUGCUCAGACUUUACACAUUGGAAGCUCGCAUUUGGCACCACCAAAUCCAGACAAACAGUUCUUGAUUUCACCUCCCGCCUCUCCACCUGUCGGUUGGAAGCAAGUAGAAGAUGCUACCCCUGUGAUUAACUAUGACCUUUUAUAUGCUAUUUCCAAGUUAGGACCAGGUAAGAAGCGUUAGAAGCACAAAUAUGUG